AUGGUCCAAACUGUGCCUAACGAGUCUGGCACCAUGACGCUCGGUGUGACCCGCCGAACAAUGGGCAUUAUUCUGCUCCUGCUGGUGGUUGUGCUGUGGACAACCUCCAACUUCCUUGGUAGUACCAUCUUCGCCGACAAGACCUACCCUAAGCCUUUCUUCGUUACCUACACCAACACCUCUAUGUUCAUGAUGCCCCUCUUUAUCAUCCUGGGUCGCCGGACCUGGGCUCUGUGGCGCCUUCGAAAGUUGUCCCAGGUUACCUCAAUUGGCAGCUUCUUGAGACUCGUGGACACUCCAGACCCCAGGGCCGAGGAGCAGAGAAUGCUGCACGAUGACUCUGACGAAGAGAACUGGCGCCCAAGACGCAGCAGUCAGGAUGCUGCGGGCCAAAAGCUGGGAUUAAAGGCCACGGCCAAACUUAGUGUUCAAUUCUGUCUCCUCUGGUUUACCGCAAACUAUUUCGCCAUGAGCUGUCUGCAGUUCACAACCGUCGCAAGCACAACUAUCCUGACCUCUACCAGUGGUGUGUGGACCCUGAUUAUCGGUGCUGUGCUAGGAGUGGAGAAGUUUACGCCCCGCAAGCUGAUGAGUGUCAUCGCUUCACUCAUCGGUAUCAUUCUCAUCUCGCGCGUGGAUCUCUCCAGCUCGGAUGCGGGCGCAACUGGGGAUGGCAACGAGGGCUCCUUCCCUCACAAGUCCACCGGAGAAAUUGCACUCGGCGAUGCAAUGGCAGCUUUCAGCGCCCUCAUGUACGGUCUUUACACGAUCGUCAUGAAAAAGCAAGUCGGUGAUGAGUCCCUGGUGAACAUGCCUUUGUUCUUUGGACUCGUUGGAUUCUCCAACGUAGUCCUGCUCUGGCCAGGAUUCUUCAUCCUCCACUGGACCGGGGUUGAGGUCUUCUCUUUCCCCGAGACCGGCCGAGUGUGGACCAUUAUCUUGUCCAACUCGCUUGCCUCCUUCGUCUCGGAUAUCGCAUGGGCCUACGCCAUGCUCCUCACCACCCCUCUCGUGGUCACCGUGGGCCUCAGUCUGACCAUUCCGCUCUCCCUCGUUGGCCAAAUGGUCUUGCAGGGGCAAUAUGCAAGCCCUCUAUACUGGGUGGGCGCGGCCAUCGUCGUCCUGUCAUUCCUCGUCGUCAAUCACGAGGGCAAGGCGGAGGAUAUCCCCAUCAACCCCGGCGGCGGAAGUCGGCGCAACUCGAGCGCUUACGACAGCAUCCCCGUCGAGGAAGAGGAGAUGCGCUAG